GAAUCUUUGAUUGCAUGUGAAUCACCUAAGCUGUUUUCUUGAUGAUUGUCUAAAGCAAUGAAAGUUCCUUGUGAUCUCAACAAUUAUAAAAUAUAUUAUAUAUUUAUAUCCAAUUUUUAUAUAUAGGUGUGCACUGCUGGACCUGUCUGGGGCAUCUUUUUCACAAAAAUUGAAUGGCAUUGGCUAAGACACUGGGAUUUGUUUGGCAUGCCUCAAACUCCAGAUGCAACAACACUUUGGCUUUUGUGUGUGUGAGAAAGAAAGAAUCUUAAAUUCUUCUCCAGUUUUUAUUUUAUUAUUUCUUCUGCAGUAUAUACUGAUGGAGAAUGUGAAGGCAAGUUAUAUUUCCUCUUUCUCUCAAACAAACAAAGCUCUGGCUGCUACCAGCUGAGAGGUCUUGGUGCAAAUACAAAAAGAAACUACUGUUGGCCUUUUCCUUCGUGGAAGACUUCUUUUUUUUAAGUUUUGAUUCUUCUCCUCUCCAGCUUCACAACCUAAUAAGCUUUCGUCUUCGCAGCCCUUGAAACUCUUACAGAUGUAAUUAUGAGAAGAGGAUAAUAUAGAUCACGCACCAAUUUGGAAAUGUGAUGAUGAUGCAUUUCUGGGUACAACUUCUUUGAAAGGAAGGAUUAAUUCUGUAUUCUGUGUACAAAACCUUGCUACAAACUCAAACACAAUCAAUACAAAAGAACUAAAUGGAGAAUUUUCUUAAGCCCUAUGAUAAGGAAUACAUGAGAAUGGCCAUGUUAAAACAUGAAGAAACAUUCAAAGAGCAGCUGCAUGAACUUCAUCGACUAUAUCGAAUCCAGAAGAUACUGAUGAGGAAUAUUGGUAACAAUAGGACUAGUACACACUGUCAAGAAUUGUGCAACUUCAAGAAUGGGAUUAGUUUUGUGCAGAAUAAUCAUGCUCACAGUGAGAUGCAACAGAAGCCCAAAAUGAAACUAGACUUGCAAAGGCCAGCUGAAGACUAUGCUGCAGAAUCAUCAAGCAGGGAUAGAGCCUUAGAGCUUAUAGAUGAGAGUGAGAUUGAGCUAACGCUGGGCCUUUCAAGCUACCAUAACCAAAGGAGGAAGGAACCUGAGACACCACUAACAUCGGAUUCGGGACCUAGCUUAUCUUCACCUUCCUCAGGAUCCAGCCAUAUAAACAGGACAAGUUCCUUGAGCCAUCAGAUAAUGAAUACAAAAAGAGAAGAAUCAGGAGGGCGUGAAUUGGGGCUCGUUCAGGUUCCUGACAUGACCACAUUGGGUGGUUACCAAAGUGAAAAUAAAACAAGUAUUGAUGUUGAUGAACAAUUGAGACAGAAGAGAUUAAAACAGCCUCCUUGGCUUUUCCAAGCUUUGAGUCUGAACAUGACUUGAACCCAAAAAAAAAAAAAAAUUCUUCUUAAGCCCACAUAUAAUAUGAUAAGAUUUUAGACUGAUUCUUAGAUGCUAAUUCUGUCAUUUAUGCUUGUAUGGAUUUUUCUGUUUUGUCUCUUGCCUAAUGGAUGUUCUGUGUAGAGAUGACUUAUUUUUUUCUUGACAUGCAACAGGCAUUAUUGAAAUCUAAAGAUGGACUGUUCUUAGAUCUUCAAAUUAA